AUGUCUGGGAAAAGGCUUUUGAAGAGUAUGCUGGCCCAGACCGGUUCUCUGAACAGGAUGCAGGAGCAACGCGAGAUGUGGCGACUGAGGGAGCUGGAGAAGAGCGCUCACUGGGGAGACUUCCGCGUCCGCGAGCCGCGGGCCAUGAUAGCGCGAGGCCGACUGCUCAGCGACACUCUCCCCUCCUCACCUCCUCCCACCUCACACCGUUCACACAGAAGGCAAACCUCACCGGAAGACCACGCCCACCACGAGCCGAGAGAAGUAAGGGACAGUGCGGAGGGCUACUGGACUCGGCGACUGCUCAAACAAGAAGAAAACGACCCAGGCAGGUGGGGCCAUAGUGGAUAUAGGGAGUUGUAUGCUGAAGACUUUGCGUCCAGUGAAGACAAUGAUAGCGAAGAAGAAGAAGAGGUUAGGAGACCUAAACCCAGGGGAAGUGAGAAUGGCAGUUCAUCGGUAAAAAAGAAGAGAAAGAAGGAAGUGUCAAGUGUUGGGUCGUCGAAGAGGAAGAGGAGGCGUGGUUUGAGUGAGUCCACAGAAGAUGAGGAAGAGAGAAAGAGUCGGAAAAAGAAGAGAAAGUUGAAAGUUGACAAAAGGGGUGUAAAGAGAAAAGACGGGAGAAAGAAAAGCAAACACAAACAUUCCCAAUCAUAAACAUUUCACUAUUAUUUUUUAACCUAUUUUUAUAUACUUCCUGGAUGUAAAUAUAUACAUGAAAGAAAUGCUCAGAAGUAUGUCGGAGAUGUCCAGAGGUAUAUAUAAUAACGAAAUGAUUUUGUGGCCUGCCGUGUGCAUCAGUAGAGCUUGAAGUCAUCGAAACCUUUGAUGUCACCAGAUUCACUUUCCUCUGAGAGGGUCGGGAGGUUUUCUGGUGGCGAACCCCACGGAGUGUAGCCGAAAUCGUGUCCCCUUGUUCCUCGGGAUGGGCUGAACGGUCGGUAGUGAUGCUGGGGAACUUCGAGGACUCGUCUAUCGAAUGGCGAAGCCGCUGGAGCUGGGGUUGGUCGCUGAUGACGACGGUGACCAAACUCUGGAAGAGAUUGGGCGUCGUUCCAGUCGAGUCUCCUCUGAGGAAGCUGGGGGAUCUUCUGACCACACCCAUUCUCCUAUUUCUCCGCUCCAGUGAUCGUUCCUCAGAGCCAGUGGAGUCAACCGAUGCUCCUCUCACGUGCACUCCACCACCAUCCACCUCCUCCCUCUCCUCUCCUCUCCCCACUCUUUCCCUCCCUCUCAAUCCACCGUCUCCAAACGUGCUGACCACUCCCCCGAGCCGGGGCCUAUCCACCGGGGGCAAAGCUGCUAUUUUGUCGACAGGCAAAGGAUCGUGCAUGGGGAAAAUGUUGUCUAGACGCGGUCGCUUCUGUCCCUCGUAAUGAGGCAACUCAAAUUCCUCUGAGGCGUCUUCGGUUGCAGGUUCUCUGAGGCUUGGUUUGGUGAGUGGUUCGGAGCUUCUUCUUUCCUGAAGAAACAUGAGCUGCGAUAUCAUGGGCGGGAAGGCUCCGAACCGCUCCCUCCUCUCCUCCGGCGUCGUGGCCGUGUACAACGGUUCAGGUUGCUGCUGCUGCUGCUUUUUCUCGACGCCCCCUGACGAUCUCCACUUCCAGGGCUUUUUGAAAUUCUUCCACCAGCCGCCUCCGCCUCUCGUUUCCUCUUUUGGCGACCCUUCACUGCUCCACGGUGUGUACGGAGAGUAAGACAUCAUUCGAUCCAAAGCCUAUGGCUAAAGACUAUAGCGCAAAAGGGAAAGGUGGGCCGCCGAUGAUAAUUAAUUAUGUGCCCUCUCCAGCCCCUCCCUUUUUAU